GCUUUGUUCAGUAGUUUAAAGAUCCACCCAAGCUCUCUCUCUCUCUCUCUAGACUCUCUCUAGACUCCACAGUCUCAGUCUCUCUCUCUCUCUCUCUCUCUUUCUCUCGAUAGUCUCGCAAAAACCAGCUGUUCCGCACGCCUUUUUUUCUCUCUCUCUCUCUCUCCCUCCCUACCACCCUCCUCCUCAACAAAAUCAUUAUUUCCACUUUGCCACCUUCGUCUCUCUCUCUCUCUUUCUCUCUCUCUCAUUUAUACACUCUCUCUCUCUAGAAAACCCACCACCAUUUUUCCCUCUUCCUUCUUGCCUGCUGCCUUCUCUCUAGGGUUCUUCGUCGAGGGCGUUUGCGUAAAUUCGUCCCGUCCUCCUGUCUCGCUAGGCUUACCAAGUUUUCGUCGUUCUCGUCCCUGCUCGGGAAAGCUUCGCGCUUGAGCUCCGGGGCCAAAAUGGCGGACUCGGCCGCUGACGGCGGGAACAGCCGGGGGUCUUCUGGGGGGACGUCCAUCGGGAAGGUGCUGGCCACGACGGACGCGCGCGGCGGCAGCGGCGGGGGAGGCGGCGGGGGCGGGGUUGGGCUGCAGAUAGAGAGGGCGCGGGACCCGUACGGGGCGUACGACGCCGAGGAGAAGCCGUCGAAGGUGGAGGUGUGGGGGUGGCACCUGUACGGCUUCUGCACCUACUUCAUAGAGACCGCGCUCAUCCCCAUCGUCUUCCCGCUCAUCAUCAGCCAGGUCGUCGGCGCCCCGCCGGCGCCGUCCCAGGGCUGGACCAAGAGCCACAAGGGCAUGACCUGUCGCGAGAAGGAGAUGAGACUGUUUGUAGGGCUGACGCACCGGUCAACAAAUGAGGCUAAUAUUUCCCCUCUGGAAUGGACUGCGGUUUGUUGGUUCAUAGGUUUGGUUUUGGCUGCGCCUUUGUUGAACUUUGUCUCCAUGCGCCUUGACCAUGGGCAGUACCAACAGCUAAUUGCCGGAGCUGCCACGGUUGUUGGAGCUAUCUUCUGUCUUCCGGCAGGAUUUUUCCGCACACCUUGGAUCUUUCUGCCAUAUAUCGUGGUGAUCGUGGCUGCCAGUCUGGUGUCCUCAGCUGCCCACACCCGCAAUCUUGGCCUCAUGAUCCGUGGUUUCUCGGGCCCUCUUCUCAAGAAGAGCCAAUUCCAUGUCAGGAGAUCUGUCUCGGGUUGGCUCUCGCUUUAUGCCACGGCGGCUGGUUGCUUUGGUGCUGCAUUAAUUUCUGCAUUCUCUUAUCACAUGCUUGAUCAGAAAGAUAGAUUUAUCAGCUUGUGGGUGGUUUCAAUCUUCGGUGGCCUUUUUUGGCUUCUCGGCAUUCUUUACGUAAUUGUGGCGUAUAGGCCAGGUCCAGAAUCUCCUCCUCCACCAUUUACUUAUAUUAUCUCCAUCUUUAGCUACCCUCAUGCAGUGGGAAGCCUUGUUGGCGUCUUCCUGUCAUCGUUUACAACAAUGUGCAUCUUCACAGGGGCGGUGCUCUUUUUAGUCGGGGAGUUGUGCCUGAAACCUGUCUUUGUGCUUUAUUUCUGGUUGACUUAUUUCCUCUUCCCUCUGGUUUCUUUGCCGCUGUUGCACCCACUUCAGAACCUCAUCAAGGCAAAUGCAGUGAAAAUGCAGCUACUGGGCUUCCUUCUCUCGAUGAUCACUUGCGGGGUUGGAUUCUACUAUCGCAACAAAACUUGGAACAAGGGACAUGUGAUUUUCUUUGCAACUUUGCAGAGCACGGCAGCAGGAAUCUUGUAUGCUUAUGGUAGGAUUUUGGUGUUGGACUGUGCGCCAUCUGGAAAGGAAGGUGCUUUCUCUGUGUGGUAUUCGUGGGUGAAAGUGUUGGGAACCUGUGCGGGCUUUGGCAUUGCAUCAGUUGUCCCACGGAGUGUGAGCACUUCUUUCGGUAUUGCCUUCAUUUGCGCAAUUCUUGGGGCAGUGAUGUUCGUCUUUGGGAAUGUAAGUGAUCUCGGUGGGGCCCUAGCUGCAGGCAAUGUGAGGGAAGACGACGAGAAAGGUUCGCCGAGGCGUGGUAUGGUGAAGAACCCGCUGCAUUUGGAAGGACCAUAGAAACCAGGAAUUGCUACUAACUCUCUCUCUCUCUCUCUCUGUCCCCCUCCUUCUCUCUCCCCCCUCUCUCCUUCCCCUUCAUGAUAGAGCUACUUCGGAAGACAUAGGAGUUUGUGUAACGAUGGCUGAAACGGUUUUUAUCAUCCUGUCGAAUUUAAUGGUGGAACUUGUGCAUGUACUUGGUAGGGUUGUGUAGAGGAGCUUUUUUUUAUGGUAGUUUGGCAAUACUGAAUUUGUGGUGAUGGUGGGUGAUUGUGCUUUUGUAAGUGAUUUGAGUUGGAAUUUAUAAGAUUCUUUCUGUUCAUCAAGUCA